UUUAACCCUUGCUGUCAUUCACAAUUAACUUUGACUAACUAGAUGAUCUAGAUUAAUCCUAUAAUUUACUAUAAUUAUUGAAUAAUUUAGUAAAUUUCAAUACUGACAUUAGAUUCAUUAGAUCUAUAUAUUUCUCUCUAGUCACUCUAGUCUAGAGUCUAGAGAUUAGUCUAGAUCUAGACUCUAGAUUAAAUAUUAGAUCUAUUUAUUAUUACCUCUACUCUAUAGACUAUAGAAUUAUAAUUAUAGGUCUAGAUCUAUCCUAGAUUCUUAUAUCUGAACACCGACUUUUGGAAACUAGUUAAAGAAGAAUGCUGCAACCUAGACUGAAGACUCUGUUUUUUGUAUGUCGAAAUGUGUCAACUACGUUAAAAGAUGCAAAAACCAUAGCAUUACUUGAUAAAGUAAUACGUGUAGAUCAUGCAGGUGAAUUUGGUGCUGACCGUAUUUAUGCUGGGCAAUAUGCUGUGCUGGGAAAAUCUGCAGUUGGACCAUUAAUCAAGGAAAUGUGGGAAGAAGAAAAGGAACACAGGGCAAAGUUUGAACAAUUAAUGGCAGAUAACAGAGUUCGUCCUACAGCAUUGCUGCCCUUAUGGAAUAUUGCUGGCUUUGCGUUAGGGGCUGCAACAGCUCUCAUGGGUAAGGAAGCUGCAAUGGCAUGCACAGUGGCUGUUGAAGAUGUUAUUGGCGACCACUACAACAGUCAGAUUCGAGAAAUAGUUGAAGAUGAUCCAGAAAAACAUAAGGAUCUUUUAGAGACUGUGAAAAAAUUUAGAGAUGAAGAACUUCAUCACCAUGAUAUUGGACUUGAACAUGAUGCCGAGAAAGCUCCGUUUUACAAUGUCCUUUCACAAGCUAUUAAAAUUGGAUGUAAAGGAGCAAUAUGGGUCUCAGAAAGAAUUUGAUCUAGCAGGACAUAAGUUUUGUUUUGAAUUAUAUUUGUAUAAAUAAACCUUAUUUGUAAACAGAUGA